GCAAAAUGCCAAACUCCCAGAAAAAAUAUAAUCCAAGAAAAAUAAAUUAUAUAAAAAAAAAAUUAAAAGCCACCUAAAAAUGACAAUUAUUAAAUAAACAAUUAAUAAAAAAAUAUUAUUGGAAAAAUACAAAACCGCAUGGUUCACGAGCUCUCCACAAGGGGAUAUAUAAAGAUGCUGGAUCCUCGCGAUAAGGGAUUAAGGACAGUUAAAGAUUUAUAGUUGUUUGUCCCUCGCUAACUUGUGCCGAUCUUACCGGUCAAUUUUCUCCUUCAUUUCCACAUGGCGAUUUCUAUGCAAUUCUCUCGUCUAACAACCACUCGGACGCCGGAUUUGGCCUUGCCCGAGCCGAGGAUCUUCCAAUUCCGGAAGCCUUUCUCCGUUCGAUGCUCCGGCGAUGGUGCUGUCUCGUCUUCUUCCGCAUCCGCGUCGGUGGAAAAUGACUUCGAUGCUAAGAAGUUCAGGCAUAACUUGACUCGGAGCAAGAAUUACAACCGGAAAGGUUUUGGUCACAAAGAAGAGACUCUUGAACUCUUGAAUCAAGAGUACCAAGCCAGUGAUAUUAUAAAGACAUUGAAGGAGAAUGGAUACGAGUACACCUGGGGUAAUGUUACGGUGAGAUUAGCUGAAGCAUAUGGAUUUUGUUGGGGAGUUGAAAGAGCUGUCCAGAUUGCUUAUGAAGCCAGGAAGCAAUUCCCGACUGAGAAGAUAUGGCUCACCAAUGAGAUUAUUCACAAUCCUACCGUCAACAAGCGACUGGAGGAGAUGAAGAUUGAAGAGGUCCCAAUUGAGAAUGGGCAGAAACAAUUCGAUGUUAUUAACCAGGGUGAUGUCGUGGUUUUACCUGCUUUUGGAGCUGCUGUGGAGGAGAUGUACACUUUGAACCAGAGGAAUGUGCAAAUAGUUGACACCACCUGUCCAUGGGUUUCAAAGGUAUGGAACACUGUUGAGAAGCAUAAGAAAGGAGAUUAUACUUCCAUUAUUCAUGGUAAACACAACCACGAAGAGACAAUAGCAACUGCAUCAUUUGCCGGAAAGUAUCUUAUAGUGAAGAACAUGGCUGAGGCAACAUAUGUUUGCGACUACAUUCUUGGUGGUAAACUGGAUGGAUCUAGCUCAACAAGAGAAGCAUUUAUGGAGAAAUUUAAGUUUGCAUUUUCAGAGGGUUUUGAUCCUGACGUUGAUCUUGAGAAAGUUGGUAUUGCAAACCAAACGACUAUGUUGAAGGGAGAAACUGAAGAGAUUGGCAAAUUGGUUGAGAGGACCAUGAUGCAGAAGUAUGGUGUGGAAAACAUCAACACCCAUUUCUUAAGUUUCAACACUAUUUGUGAUGCCACUCAGGUAUAAUUCUUCUUCCAUAUUCUUUUUGGCCCAAUUUGUUCUGCUUACGCACCAUUGACGUGGUUAUGGAGGACAAGGAGUUGAUUUAAUUCUUAUUUAGGUUUAUAGCUUGUUAUUCUUCCUUUAUGUGUUUAUUUGGAAAGCUAAGAUCACUUAUACUGAGGGCUCUUCUCUUUGUGCCUUUGUCAUACUGAUUUGAAGACCUUGCAUCAUCAAAACUCUAGCUUGAUUGAAUUAAAGAUAAUUUCACAUUACCUACCACCCCCUGAUUACAUGUAUUAUAUUAGCGGCGGCAUCUUCUUUAUUUCCCUGGUGUUUGUUAUUCAUGGGAACUUAAUGCAUGCCAUGUUUGGAGUGCUUGUUUAUGAAAUAAUACAGCACCUGUUGCUAACAUUUAUGUACGGAAUAUGGCAAUGUAAUAAGUGUUGACAUUGGAAUUAUUUUUGGUCCAUUUGAUAAAGUUGGAACAAUAGCCUUGUAGUCUGUCAGUUUCAGAGAAGGGCCUCUGUCAUGUAUGCGUGCCUUUUGGCCCUCCUACAGUAUUAGCUAACAUACUUCUUGUCUCAGGAGCGGCAAGAUGCCAUGUAUAAGUUGGUUGAGAAACCGCUAGAUCUUAUGCUAGUAGUUGGAGGGUGGAACUCCAGCAAUACUUCACAUUUACAAGAAAUUGCAGAGGAGCGUGGGAUUCCAUCAUAUUGGAUCGACAGUGAGCAAAGAAUAGGCCCAGGAAACAGAAUUGCUUACAAGUUAAUGGUGUGUAAAUGUUACUUCAAAUGUAUUCUUGAGAUGAUUUCAUAUCUGAAACAUUUGUUUUCUUGUGUUAUAACAAUUUAUCCUACUGACACGGUGAUCUCGUUUGAUAGCAUGGAGAAUAUGUUGAGAAAGAGAACUUUUUGCCAGAAGGUCCAAUCACAGUUGGGAUAACAUCUGGUGCCUCCACUCCUGACAAGGUAAAUGCUACUGUGUGUUGGUGCUUUAUAAGCACAAUCUUGAAGAUGAUAUGUCUAAUAUCAUUUCUUCUUGAAGAGUUAUCCUGUGAUAUCAAUGCAUGCAGUUGUAAAUACUUACGUUUCAAACAAAUUCGUUGCCAGGUUGUUGCAGAUGUCCUCCUCAAGGUAUUCGACCUUAAGCGGGAGGAAGCACUUCAACUAGCAUAAGUGGUAUCUGUUUGCUAAUCUGGAAUUAGCGGCUUGUUUAUGCAUAGACCCAGAUGAAGGUCAAAAUUCGUGUGAGCUUAUAUGGGCUGAUAUCAUGUGGGAGAUACAUACUAUAUGUAGCAGAAACAUUAUAGUAACAUAUGUAAAAAUGUAUUGCCAUUGGAAUCUAACAAUAUCCACAUCGAAAUGGAUGGUUUUUACAUGUUAAAACUUGGUUUCGAGGAACAAGAGAUGUAUUGAUAUAUAUGUUGCAGGGUGCUGAAGGGAAGGACACAUUGAUAGUCUUCCACAUUGUAUACGCAUGUUGAAGAAAUGCAAUAGAUGAUCCCAAUAGCUUGAUAACUUCAUUUUCUUCUCCCCUUCUAAAUUAUCUUUAAACAUUUUCCACCAUCUUAUAUUGGUACUAUAUCCUAAGAGGAUUGCUGUGUAAACUGUAAAGUGGGAGCAUGGUUGCCAGUGCCGUCACUUUGUAUUUCCAUCUCUCGGCCGAUCAUGAUCUCAGUUCUUUCAGGAAGAUAAAGGAAUAUGGUUUUUCUUAGUGGUAUUGUGUGGAGAGAUUAUGAUGAUCCACAACACUGCUAAAUCCUGAAAAUCAAUAUC